UUGUUCUGAGAGUAGAUGAUGAGAUUGUGAGACACGAGGCUGAAGAGUUACACUCUGAGCAACAGUACCUCAACUGGAUAGAACGAGUGCGUUAUUACUCUUUCAAGCUUUUCCAUUCAGAUUUUGACAAUCAUACAUUAGUAUCAAACAUUCCUUGAUGAGGGGAGACCAGUCCUUCUGCUUGCCAUGCACGUGAGACAGGAUGGCACAGCCAAUUCAAUCCCAUACUCAGAGGCCACUUUCAAAAGCAUGUCGAGGAAGAUGUACCAACACAGGUCCCUAGCCUUAGCAAUGCCUCGGACAUCUACGGUCAUUUUCAAUAGUAAACAUGCCGACUGGGAGUGCACGGACUCAGAAGAGCAGUCUAUAGUAUAUAGCUGUAGAUCAGACACCGAAUCAUUGCCUCGAAAGGAUGACAUACUUCUUUCAACAACAUACUUCAUUGAGAAGCCGUGGACUUUUUCAGUUAUGUACGGUUGCCCUUUGGAGUUCACGGAAGAAAUCACCAGUCGCCUGAAACGAUACAAACAGUCGUCAUUCCACCCUCUGAUGUUCCCCAUGAUCUUUGUUGAAUAUGAGCGCACGCGGUUCAUAAAAGCCCUUUCCGUGGACGGCCCCAGAUUGAAACAAAGGAUCAUGGAUUUAGAGAAUAGGCUUGAAGAUGACAAGAACCGCGGGAAAAGGCCUAGCCGUGAUUUUAAUAGGAGAAUGGCGGAGAAGGACUGCGAAAGUACCAGGCUGUGGAUAGACGUCAACAGUCUCAAAAUCGGGUUCGAAAGCUUGAAGAAGGUACUUCUUUCACUGGACGAACACUCGCAUACCAUCAAUAAGCACAAACUGCGGCCUGACUUGAAGAGGAAGAAUGAGAUAGUCCAAGGAUCAAAGACAUCGGAAAACAUCGCCUCCAGAAUCCAGGAGAUGAUCGCAGAGAUUGAAAGCAAAAUAAGAGAAUGCGAAGGAUUACUCAACGGAAUGGCAUUAUCGAUUCAGGUGGAGUGGAACUACCACACGAGACGGGAUGCAAAAGCGACCAUCAUCAUCGCGCAGUCUUCACAACGAGAUAGCGCUCAAAUGAGGCUGAUAUCUCUGGUGGGAAUGAUAUUUCUUCCCGGCACUUUCCUGGCGACCUUGUUCUCCAUGUCAUUUUUCCAAUGGAUACCAGACAACAGUGCGGAAGUAGUAUCUCCUUGGAUUGCGGUUUAUUUUGGUCUAACCAUAAUUAUCACAGCAGCAACCAUUUGGAAAUGGAAGACUUGGACAGCGAAAGACUUCCAAGACAUUGAUAUCUCCCAAGAUGUUGAGAAAGGCUCAACGUAUACAGACGAUAGCCAGCGGUCUCCGGUCAAUAAUGUGGACAGGAAUCGAGAUGAUAUCGAAUUUCAAACAAUCAUACAUCAGUAGGUAACGUAUUAUACUUGAUAGUACAUUGUAAUCAUGUUGGAGGGGUCUGGGCUGUUCACGAUAUCUUAGUUUAGUUCUGUUACUUCAGUAUUGAUUGCCACACUAUCGCUAUGAUACUGUAGCGUAUCUGUAUUGUAUAUACGACGGAGCUCAACUUGCCAUAAAGGCCGCAUAGCUGGAUUAAAGUCUUAUCUGGGGCCGCCUGCUUAUGAUUGAGCAGUGUGACGCUGUCAGAAUGGUAAUAUGUUGAAUUGAGAACUGUCAACUGCACGGAAAGUUCUAGAGGUUAAUUAAGUAGAUAUGUAGCGGUAGAGCGUGUUCCCACAAAUAGUUUGGGGAUGAUUAUUGUGGAUUAUAACGUACAGACGAGCCUAGGUUAGAGUAGUAUAAGAUAUCUUCGCACUAGCCUAACCUUAGUACCAAGAAUUCUGAACGUUCUCG